ACCACAUUCCUGUGAACUAUUACUGCUUUGAAUGGCAUGUGGCUUGUAACUUUACUUCUGCUGUAUUCUUUGCAAGAAGUCACCAGUGAGGAUGUUGUCUCUACGCGGUUGUACUUUGUGAACGCCUCCCUGCAGCGGGUGACCUUCUCCAGCUCAGUGGGGGUGUCCCUGCCCUGCCCUGCGGGCGGCGCCCCCCAUGCCGUCCUGCGUUGGUACCUGGCCGCCGGAGACGACAUUUACGACGUGCCCCACAUCCGACACGUGCACGCCAACGGCACCCUCCAGCUCUACCCCUUCUCUCCUUCCGCAUAUAACAGUAUCAUCCACGACAACGAGUACUUCUGCACUGCCGAGAACCAGGCGGGGAAAAUCCGGAGCCCCAGUAUUCACAUCAAAUCAGUGUUCCGGGAGCCAUAUACAGUCCGUGUGGCUGACCAGCGCUCCAUGCGAGGUAAUGUUGCUGUCUUCAAGUGCCUCAUCCCCUCUGCUGUCCAGGAGUACGUCAGCGUGGUGUCCUGGGAGAAAGACACCGUGUCCAUUGUCCCAGGUAACCGUUUCUUCUUGACCUCAUUUGGAGCUCUGUAUAUCUCAGAGGUACAGAAGGAAGAUGCUCUGUCCACCUACCGCUGUAUCACAAAGCACAAGUACAGCGGUGAGACUCGGCAGAGCAACGGAGCCAGGCUCUCAGUUAUGGACCCUACGGAGUCCACCCCGUCAGUGCUGGACAGCUUCCAGUCCGGUGAAGUGAAGGUAGGGCACAGUGUGGAGCUGCCAUGCAUCGCAUCCGGUUACCCAAACCCUACCAUCAGAUGGUUGAAAGAUGGGCGGCCGCUUCCAGCAGACUCUCGCUGGACGCGCCGCAUCACGGGCCUCACAAUUUCUGACUUGAGGCUGGAAGACAGUGGAAACUAUAUCUGUGAGGUCACCAACAGCUUCGGCUCCAAGGAGGUGACAGGUCACCUCAACGUCAUAGAACCCCUGCGGGUCACUUUGUCCCCCAAGAACCUCAAGACGGGCAUCAGCAGCACAGUCAUCCUGUCUUGCGCCGUCCAGGGUUCUCCCCAUUAUACUGUGUCGUGGUACCGUAACACAGAACCCGUCCUGCCCGACCAGCACUUCUCCAUCCAAGGGGCACACAAUGACACCUUGUUCAUUUCGGCAGCCCAGAAAAGACAUUCAGGAGCUUACCAGUGCUUUGCCACGCGCAAGGCUCAGACUGCCCAGGACUUCUCUAUCAUAUUACUAGAAGAUGGUACGCCACGUAUUGUGGCCUCCUUCAGUGAGAAGGUGGUAGUCCCAGGUGAACCGUUUUCCUUGAUGUGUACCGCCAAAGGAGCACCUCCACCCACUAUCACUUGGACUCUGGACGACGAGCCUGUGGCCCGCGACCUUUCCCGUGUGCGAGCCAGUCAGUACACGCACUCGGACGGGAGCACCGUGAGCUACGUCAAUGUCAGCAACCCCCAGAUUCGCGACGGAGGAUUGUAUCGGUGCGCUGCACGAAACUCGGCCGGUAGCGCCGAGUACCAAGCGCGCAUAAACGUAAGAGGCAAUCCAAGGAUUCGUCCAUUGAAGAACAUCACGGCUGUGGCAGGACGUAGCUCUUUUAUAAACUGUCGUGUGAUUGGCUAUCCAUAUUACUCCAUCAACUGGUACAAGGAGGGGCUUCUGCUACCUGACAACCAUCGUCAGGUGGUGUUCGAAAAUGGUACAUUAAAGCUUACCGAUGUCCAGAAGGGAAUGGACGAGGGGGCGUACAUCUGUAGUGUGCUCAUACAACCGCAACUGUUCAUCAAGCAGACUGUAUAUGUCACAGUCAAAGUUCCUCCGCUCAUCCAGCCGUUUGACUUUCCGCCGACCUCCAUCGGCAAACUGAUGUACAUCGCUUGCGUGGUGGCGUCCGGAGACAUGCCCAUCCGCAUCACCUGGCGCAAGGACGGCCAGGAGAUUGUGCCUUCGUCAGGCAUCACCAUUGACACCAAGGAGUUUAUGAGCUCCCUACAGAUUUCAAAGGUUUCACUGAAGCACAACGGGAACUACACAUGCAUUGCCAGCAAUGAUGCUGCAACUGUUAGCACUGAGAGGCAACUCACUGUCACAGUGCCCCCUCGUUUUGUGGUGCAGCCCAACAACCAGGAUGGAAUAUACGGCAAGUCGGGUAUUCUUAACUGCUCAGUUGAUGGCUACCCUCCCCCUAAAGUUAUGUGGAAACACGGCAAAACUGGUAUCGGGAACCCACAGCAGUACCACCCUGUGCCCCUGACUGGCCGUAUACAGAUCAUGAACAACGGCUCGCUGCUUAUUCGACAUGUGCUGGAGGAGGAUCGUGGCUUCUACCUUUGUCAGGCCUCAAACGGAGUCGGCUCCGACAUCAGCAAAAGCAUGGCGCUCACUGUAAAGAUCCCAGCCAUGAUCACGAGUCACCCCAACACUACCAUGGCCAAAAAAGGUCACGUAAAGGAGCUGAACUGCACGGCCAGGGGAGAAUGGCCCAUCAUCAUCCGCUGGGAGAGAGGCGACACGGUCAUUGACCCUGACCGCAAUCCCCGCUACUCUAUUACCACCAGCCCCAACGAGAAGACAGACGAGGUGUUGUCCACUCUCAAGCUGAAACCUGCAGAGCGUGAAGACUCAGUCUUCUUCUCCUGCCAUGCCAUUAACUCAUACGGUGAAGGGCGAGGCCUCAUUCAGCUCACUGUGCAAGAGCCCCCCGACCCUCCAGAGCUGGAGGUGCGAGAAGUAAAAGAUCGCAGCAUGAACUUGCGAUGGACGCAAAGAUUUGACGGCAACAGUGUCAUCACUUCCUAUGACAUCGAGUAUAAGAACAAGACCGAUUCUUGGGAGCUAAAGCACGCCACUCGAAACAUAUCCCCUACAAACAAUCAGGCCAACAUUGUGGACCUCCACCCAGCUUCCGUCUACAGCAUCCGCAUGUACUCCUACAACGCUAUCGGUAAAAGCGAGGCCAGUAAGGAGCUCACCAUCAGCACAGAGGAAGCUCAACCUGAUGGUCCCCCCAUGGAUGUGAUCCUGCAGCCAGUGACCUCUCAGAGUAUCAGGGUUACUUGGAAGGCCCCUAGGAAGGAGCUGCAAAAUGGAGUGAUCCGGGGUUACCAAAUUGGUUACAGAGAGAACGGCCCAGGCAGCAACGGUCAGUACAGCAUUGUGGAGAUGAAGGCCACUGGAGACAAUGAGGUGUACACACUGGACAACCUCAAGAAGUUUGCCCAGUAUGGCGUGGUGGUUCAGGCCUUCAACAGAGCUGGCACUGGGCCAUCCAGCUCUGAGAUCAAUGCUACCACACUUGAAGACGUUCCUAGCCAGCCACCUCAGAAUGUGCGCGCCAUCUCUGUCACAUCGGAUGAGGCAGUCAUCUCUUGGGCCCAACCUCCCAGAAUGACCCUGCACGGCGUUCUGAAGGGCUAUCGUGUCGUUUUUUGGGCGGUAUUCCCUGACGGAGAAUGGGGUGAAAUGCAGAACAUCACCACAACCAAGGAGCAAGUGGAGCUGAGGGGCCUGGAGAAGUUUACCAACUAUAGCAUCCAAGUCCUGGCCUAUACUCAAGCUGGUGAUGGCGUGCGCAGCAAUGUCCUAUACAUCCAAACCCGUGAAGACUACCCCGGGCCCCCAGCUGGCAUCAAAGCUGUGCCUUCCUCCGCCAGCAGUGUUGUGGUAUCCUGGUUACCCCCUCAUAAGCCAAAUGGAAUCAUCCGCAAGUACACUAUCUACUGCUUGAACCCCGGAUCAGGCCAACCGAUGCCCAGCGAAUAUGAAGCCAACCCAGAGCUUGUCUUUUACCGCAUCAGCCACCUAAACCACAGGCAGCAGUACUUGAUCUGGGCUGCGGCCGUCACCACUGCAGGACGAGGAAACUUCAGCGAUAAGGUCACCGUUGAGCCUGCCGCCAAGGCCCCUGCAAAGAUCCUUUCGUUUGGAGGCACAGUGACGACGCCAUGGAUGAAGGAGGUUCGACUGCCCUGCAACGCUGUAGGAGAACCAACACCAACCAUUAAAUGGACCAAAGACAGUGAGAACGCAGCCAUCCCUGUGUCUCUGGAUGGACAGCGUCUCAUCAUGGCUAAUGGCACAUUGGUACUGCGCACAGUCAAAGCUGAAGAUUCUGGCUAUUACACCUGCACGGCCACCAACACAUUGGGCUUUGACACCAUCAUCGUCAAUCUUUUAGUGCAAGUUCCCCCAGAUCAGCCUCGUCUUACUGUGUCCACCACCUCCACUUCCUCCAUCACUCUGGCCUGGAUACCAGGAGAUAAUGGCGGAAGCUCUAUUAGGGGUUUUGUGCUGCAGUAUUCCGUGGACAACACAGAGGAGUGGAAAGAUGUGUUUAUCAGCUCUACCGAGCGCUCAUUUAAAUUGGAAAACCUGCGCUGCGGCACCUGGUACAAAGUCAAGCUGGCAGCAAAGAACAGUGUCGGAUCAGGACGCAUCAGCGAGAUCAUUGAGGCCAAGACCCACGGCCGAGAGCCCCAGUUCAACAAGGACCAACCCGUGUUUACCCACAUCAACUCCAGUCAUGCCCGUCUCAACUUGCAGGGUUGGGCCAGUGGCGGCUGUCCCAUCAGUGCUGUGACAUUGGAGUUUCGCCCGAAAGGUACGUGGUCUUGGCAGAAUGUACGCACUAAUGCCACUGCAGGAGUUUUCCUGGCUGAGCUACGUGAGGCCACCUGGUAUGAACUGAAGAUGAAAGCAUGUAACAGUGCUGGCUGUGGCAACCAGAGCACCCAGUUUGCAACGCUUGAUUACAACGGCAGCACAAUUCCUCCAAUCAAAUCCCCGUUGGAAAAGAAUGACGAUGUCAAGAAGCUGUUUUCUAUUGGCUGCCCCGUGAUCCUGGUCACCCUCGGCGUGGCGCUCCUCUUCAUCGUCCGCAAGAAACGUAAAGAAAAGAGACUGAAGAGACUCCGAGAUGCCAAAAGCCUGGCAGAGAUGUUGAUCAGUAAAAACAACCGAAGCUUUGACACCCCAGUGAAGGGGCCGCCUCAGGGCCCGCGCUUGCACAUCGACAUCCCUAGAGUGCAGCUGCUGAUCGAAGACAAAGAGGGCAUCAAGCAGAUCGGCGAGGACAAGGCCACCAUACCUGUGACGGACACGGAGUUCAAUCAGACUGGGAACCCGCAAAGCUUCUGCGCAGGUGUGUCCGUUCACCACCCUGCUCUCAUCCAGAACACUGGUCCUUUGAUUGACAUGUCAGACAUCAGACCAGGAACCAACCCAGUUUCAAGAAAGAGUGUCAAAUCCACCCACAGCAUCAGGAACCGCUACUCGAGUCAGUGGACUCUGACCAAGUGUCAGGCUUCCACGCCAGCUCGUGUUCUCGCUUCGGACUGGCGCACGGUCAGCUCGCAGCACGGCAUCACUGUUACCGAGAGCGACAGCUACAGCGCUAGCCUCUCGCAGGACACAGAUAAGGGUCGUAACAGCAUGGUGUCGACAGAAAGCGCCUCAUCCACCUAUGAGGAGUUGGCCAGGGCGUACGAGCACGCCAAGUUGGAGGAGCACCUGCAGCACGCCAAAUUCGAGAUCACCGAGUGCUUCAUCUCCGACAGCUCGUCCGACCAGAUGACCACGGGCACAAACGAUAAUGCAGACAGCAUGACAUCCAUGAGCACGCCCUCAGAGCCCGGCAUCUGUCGCUUCACUGCCUCGCCGCCCAAGCCCCAGGACUACGAUCGUGGCAAGAAUGUAGCUGUGCCCAUCCCGCACCGAGCCAAGAGUGACUACUGCAACAUCCCCCUCUACAUGAAGUCUGACCCUUUCUUCCGAAAGCAGUCCGAGCACCACGACCCGUGUCCAGUAGUUCCUCCCCGUGAAGCCUCCAUCCGCGGCCUUGCCCAGCGGGCGUACCACACCCAAGGCCGUCACAUGACUAUGGAUUCUUCAAAGCAGCAGACCCUCACCAUGGGCCACUCCGGCAUGUCCGCCAGCUCCAGCAGCUCCACGCUCCCCCAGAGGACUCUCACCAUGCCGGGCUCCUCAGCCACAGGGGCACAGAGCGCUGUCGCCACCGCCGCUGCCGCCACCGCUGCUGCCACCGGAGCUUCUUCAUCCUCCGGCGGGGCCAUGGGCGCCACAGGAGGCACGCCCGGCGGCGCCUCAUCCUCCAAGAUGGGAGGAUCCAGAGACUCUCUUUUGGAGAGCAGCUCAUCAGGCUUAGGCAGACUACAGAAGCAGAGGGAUGGAGGCGCGGGGGCCUACUCCAAGUCGUACACACUUGUGUAA